UAAUUGUAUACUGUUUAUAUUUGGUUAGCGGCUUAUAUCUUAUACAUACUUUUUUUUAUAGUACCUACCGUACAUUUUACAGUGUGAACAGAUUUUUGUAGCGUUUGCAUACAAAUUUGGGUUCAAAUAACUAAUUCAUAUACUGUUAUUUAUAUAAUUUUGUACUGUACUUCAGGUCCAACUACAUCUCAAGUUUUCUCAGGUUGUUUGGGGUAACUAAAAUAUUUAACAAUUCGUUUUCGUGUUCUCAUCUAUCUUUAGUAACAGUACUUAAAUAUUUUUAUUCUUUGGUAUAUUAUACCAUACACUGCCGGCGAGUUUUAAAUUUGUUAACGUAAUUUUGAUAAUGGAUAACGAAAGUGAAGUGAAAGAAUAUCGCUGGGAAGGUGGCUAUGAAAAAACGUGGGAAGAAGUCAAAGAAGAUGAAGGUGGUAAUGUUGAAUGGUCUGUCAAAGAAAUUAUUGAAAAGUCCAAGCGGUUGCUGGCUACUCGGCAGCCUAAUGUUCGUCUUGGCAUGAUGCGACAUUUGUUUGUUAUUAUAGAUAGUUCCAACUCAAUGCUUGAAAAAGAUUUAAAACCUUCUAGACAAAUGUGCACUUAUAAAUUGCUUCAAGAUUUUCUUCAAGAUUAUUUUGAUCAAAAUCCAAUUAGUCAGCUUGGUUUAAUAACUACUAGAAACUCAUCAGCAGAACGAGUAUCAGAACUGUCUGGCAAUAGGAAAUAUCAUCUUGAAGAACUGAAAAAAACUUUGGGAGAUUUUAAUUAUUGCAAUGGACUUAUGUCUGUACAAAACUCAUUAGAAAUUGCCUUGUCUUUUAUGAAAAUGUUGCCUUCUCAUACAAGCCGAGAAAUACUUAUAAUUGGAUCCAGUUUAAGUUCGUGUGACCCAGGUGAAAUAAAUUCUACCAUAGAAUCACUUAAAUCCUGCAAUAUUAGAGUUUCUAUGAUACAUCUGGCUGCUGAGGUUCGGAUGUUUCGACAUUUAUGUGAUGAAACUAAAGGUAAACACAAUGUUAUUGUUGAUGAUGUACAUUUUAAACACAUACUUUGGUCACUGGUGGAACCUGUUCCUCUUCCAAACACAGUUGAUGCUUCUUGUGUGAAAAUGGGUUUUCCUCAAGAGUUGGAUCAAAAGCCACCAUUCACCACAUGUUCCUGUCAUUUAGCUGAAGGCGGAAAGCUAAAUGCAAAGGGUUAUUUUUGUCCACAAUGCAACAGCAAAUAUUGUGAAUUGCCUGUGGAAUGCAAAUGUUGUGGUCUCAUACUUGUAUCUUCCUUACAUCUCGCUAGAUCGUUACAUCAUCUGGUUCCUAUUAAACCAUUUAUAAAAAUUGAACUCGAAGAAGGUUCUAGUGCUUAUUGUUAUGGAUGCAGGAAAAGAAUAAAGGUUCCUGCUGAAAACGUUUACUUCUGUGAAACAUGUAAAAGACAUUACUGUGAUGGCUGUGACAUUUAUGUGCAUAAUACAUUACACGUUUGUCCGGGAUGUGCAGUUAAGCGUGAUGAAAAAAGAUAAUAUAAGAACAAAUUUUAAUUAGUGUAUUAAUUAAUAAUUCAUUACUUGCUGUAUAAAUUAAACA